AUGAGUGUGGGGUGUGUGGGGCUCCAGCGCUCCGCUCACGGCUGCCGCCAGGGAAGGACAGACGGACAGAGCUUCCUCCCAUUGCUAUCAGUUCCCGGGCACCUCGACUCGGCCCGGGCACAAGUGGAGCGCGCCUUGUUGGCCACUGGCCUCCAGAAGGUCCCACUGCGUCCCCCUUGGGCUGGAUAUGUUCAUGUUCACGUGAAGAUGGAUUUAGUGUACGGUCUCGUGUGGCUGCUGACAGUCCUCCUGGAGGGAAUCUCUGGCCAAGGAGUGUACGCUCCCCCGACAGUUCGCAUUGUGCACUCAGGAUUGGCCUGUAAUAUCGAGGAGGAGCGCUACUCCGAAAGGGUCUAUACCAUAAGGGAAGGAGAAACUCUAGAAUUGACCUGUCUGGUUACUGGACAUCCACGCCCACAGAUCAGGUGGACCAAAACAGCAGGAAGCGCCUCUGACAGAUUCCAAGACUCAAGUGUCUUCAAUGAGACUCUGAGGAUUACAAACAUUCAGAGGCACCAAGGAGGCCGAUAUUACUGUAAAGCUGAGAAUGGCCUGGGGUCCCCAGCAAUCAAGUCGAUCCGAGUGGAUGUGUACUACUUGGAUGAUCCAGUAGUAACUGUUCAUCAAAGUAUAGGUGAAGCUAAAGAACAAUUUUACUAUGAAAGAACAGUGUUCCUCAGAUGUGUGGCCAAUUCUAAUCCCCCUGUGCGCUAUAGCUGGAGACGUGGCCAAGAAGUGUUGCUACAAGGAUCUGACAAAGGAGUGGAGAUUUAUGAGCCCUUCUUUACCCAGGGGGAAACAAAGAUCUUAAAGCUAAAGAAUCUCCGACCUCAGGAUUAUGCUAACUACAGUUGCAUUGCUUCAGUGAGGAACGUGUGUAAUAUUCCAGACAAGAUGGUGUCUUUUAGACUUUCCAAUAAAACCGCAUCUCCGUCAAUUAAGCUCUUGGUGGAUGACCCUAUAGUUGUAAAUCCUGGAGAGGCCAUAACAUUAGUGUGUGUUACCACGGGAGGGGAGCCUACGCCCUCUCUCACCUGGGUCAGGUCCUUCGGGACUCUGCCUGAAAAGAUUGUUUUGAAUGGAGGGACAUUGACCAUACCUGCCAUCACUUCUGAUGAUGCUGGUACUUACAGCUGCAUUGCCAAUAACAAUGUUGGAAACCCUGCAAAAAAGUCCACCAACAUCAUUGUGAGAGCAUUAAAAAAAGGACGAUUUUGGAUCACUCCUGAUCCUUAUCACAAAGAUGACAACAUCCAGAUUGGGCGUGAGGUGAAAAUAUCUUGUCAAGUAGAAGCUGUUCCCUCUGAGGAGUUAACGUUCAGUUGGUUUAAAAAUGGUCGUCCAUUAAGAAGUUCUGAGCGGAUGGUUAUUACACAGACUGACCCUGAUGUGUCCCCUGGAACAACAAAUUUGGAUAUCAUUGAUUUAAAAUUCACGGAUUUUGGGACUUACACAUGUGUGGCCUCUCUGAAGGGAGGAGGAAUAUCUGAUAUCAGUAUUGAUGUUAACAUUUCCAGCAGUACAGUUCCACCCAAUCUGACUGUUCCACAGGAAAAAUCACCUUUGGUCACCAGAGAAGGAGACACAAUAGAACUUCAGUGUCAAGUAACUGGCAAACCCAAACCAAUCAUCCUUUGGUCUAGAGCAGAUAAAGAAGUUGCAAUGCCUGAUGGGACGAUGCAAAUGGAGAGUUACGAUGGGACACUCAGGAUUGUAAACGUGUCAAGGGAAAUGUCAGGCAUGUACAAAUGCCAGACCAGCCAGUAUAACGGAUUCAACGUGAAGCCAAGAGAAGCCUUGGUGCAGCUCAUUGUGCAGUAUCCUCCAGCUGUGGAACCAGCAUUCUUGGAAAUCCGCCAAGGACAGGACAGAAGUGUGACCAUGAGCUGUAGGGUCCUGAGAGCCUAUCCAAUACGUGUGCUGACCUAUGAGUGGCGUCUGGGCAAUAAAUUAUUACGGAGCGGUCAGUUUGACUCUCAGGAGUAUACAGAGUACCCACUAAAGAGUCUUUCCAAUGAAAACUACGGCGUUUAUAACUGCAGCAUCAUAAAUGAAGCUGGAGCAGGGAGAUGCAGCUUCCUUGUUACAGGAAAGGCCUAUGCCCCAGAGUUCUACUAUGACACGUACAACCCUGUGUGGCAGAACCGACACCGAGUGUAUUCUUACAGUCUACAGUGGACACAAAUGAAUCCUGAUGCAGUAGAUCGGAUUGUUGCAUACCGGUUGGGUAUUCGGCAGGCUGGACAACAACGCUGGUGGGAACAGGAGAUUAAAAUAAAUGGGAAUAUUCAGAAGGGAGAACUAAUUACAUAUAAUUUGACUGAACUUAUUAAACCAGAGGCCUAUGAAGUCCGACUGACUCCUCUCACUAAAUUUGGUGAAGGAGAUUCAACAAUUCGUGUAAUUAAAUAUACAGCACCUGUAAAUCCUCAUUUGAGAGAAUUUCACUGUGGAUUUGAAGACGGUAAUAUUUGUUUGUUCACCCAAGAUGAUACGGAUAACUUUGACUGGACAAAGCAAAGUACUGCAACAAGAAAUACAAAAUACACCCCUAACACGGGUCCCAACGCAGAUCGGAGUGGUUCCAAAGAAGGUUUUUAUAUGUACAUUGAGACAUCGCGACCCAGACUAGAAGGAGAAAAGGCUCGGCUUCUGAGUCCUGUAUUCAGCAUAGCACCCAAAAAUCCAUAUGGACCUACAAAUAGUGCAUAUUGUUUCAGUUUCUUCUAUCACAUGUAUGGACAACAUAUAGGUGUUUUAAAUGUAUAUCUACGUUUGAAAGGGCAAACAACUAUAGAGAAUCCUCUAUGGUCUUCCAGUGGGAACAAAGGACAAAGAUGGAAUGAAGCUCAUGUUAAUAUAUAUCCAAUUACUUCAUUUCAGUUAAUUUUUGAAGGCAUUCGAGGUCCUGGGAUAGAGGGGGACAUCGCCAUUGAUGAUGUAUCAAUUGCUGAAGGAGAAUGUGCAAAGCAAGACCUUCCAACUAAGAAUUCCGUGGAUGGUGCUGUUGGGAUCUUAGUUCAUAUAUGGCUUUUUCCAGUUAUCAUCCUCAUCUCUAUCUUAAGCCCUCGAAGGUGA